AAGGACACAUCACUCCCAUUUUCUUGCGUGGCUUUGUAUACCGUUGUUCAAAGUCUUGUCUCGCAAACGAAAGCUUCUACAAUUACAAGUGUAAUUCCUACAGUACACCUUCAGUUGAAGAUGGCUUUGAAUUUGCAGCGUCGUGCAUUGAGCAGUAUGUCUUCGAAUACCGGAAGAGAAAACGUUGGCAUAUUGAAAGGUAAAGCUGGUACUCAGCGGACAAUUGCCACAGGUAGUACCAGGCAAGCACUUGAUAAUGUUUCAAAUGCUUAUACAACUUCCACUGCUGGGCAAGAUGGAAAGAAGAAGGUGGCUGCAGAUCAUGGUACCUUCAAACCCCGAAAGGGAUUGGUGAAAUCACGGGCUACAUCAUCACUGAUCCCUGUAAAGGAAGAAAAGGAAAUAACGAAAAAGACCGUGAAGAAGGAGAAACCAGCAUCCCUUUUACCCGUGGACAUCAGCUGCUUAAAACUUGAUGAUUUCACCCUUCCUCCUGGUAUAAUGGAUAUUGACACAGAAGACAAUGACAAUCCGCAGUUGGUCAGUACCUAUGUGAACGAGAUCUACAUGUACUUGCGUUUCCAAGAGCAACUGUUUCCGGUAAAGUCCAAAUAUCUUGAGAAGCACACAAACCUGAAUGGCAGAAUGCGUGGCAUUCUUGUCGACUGGCUGAUCCAGGUGCACAACAGAUUCCACUUGCUGCAGGAAACUCUCUAUCUCACCAUCGACCUACUCGACCGUUUCUUGCAGGAGAUUACAGAUGUUACUCGUGACAAGCUGCAAUUGGUUGGUGUCACCGCAAUGCUAAUUGCCUCCAAAUAUGAAGAGAUGUAUGCGCCAGAGGUCAAUGAUUUCGUCUAUAUCACCGAUAACGCUUAUUCGUCUGCGGAGAUCCGAAAGAUGGAAGUGUUCAUGCUAAAGACACUGUCAUUCAAUAUGGGAAAGCCACUGUGUCUACAUUUUCUUAGGAGGAACUCCAAGGCUGGAGGCGUAGAUGCUCAGAUGCACACACUUGCAAAGUACCUGCUAGAGCUGAUGUUGCCGGAGUACGAGUUUAUACACUACAACCCAUCUCAACGGGCUGCUGCUGCUCUAUAUCUGGCUGUUCUGCUUAUAAAUGGAAAUGCAUGCUGGAAUGAGACGCUGGCAUUCUACAGUGGUUACACGCAGGAUGAGCUCAGCAUACUCAUUUCCAAGCUCGCCUCUCUUGUCACGAAGUCUGAGACGGCAAAGUUGCAGUUUGUGCGCACUAAGUAUACAAGCAGCAAGUUCAUGAAGAUCAGCACCAUUCCCGAACUGCAAUCGAGUGUACUGACAGAGCUCGCUGCCCAGAGAUUGUAGCCAGUGUGCUGGGGGAAGUGAACUAGUUGCCAUCAUGUGACUGUACAUUUUGCAAAUGGAUCCCGCCAUGGUUAACAGUGGAAGAAUCAAGAGAUGGAGAGACGAGUGAAGAUGAUUGUACACCAAAUGGUCGCUCACAAUUUAUCUACGAAGAUUGCCCUCCAGAAGAAGUUGUGAGAUAAUUGUAUAUUCUAUUUGAAUGAAUUUCACUAAUUAUGUAAAUAAGCUAUUUGCCACAGUCAUUAUAUUAUGUGUUUCUGUAGAGCUAGAUAUAGUGGAUGCUCUUGUUUUGGAUCAUCGGUGCAUUGAGGCUGGUUUCAAUCUGCGUUCAUACUGUCUUCAUAUUGUUUCCUUUUCUAUCAAAAUAUUGGAAAGCUAGGUAGAUUGUAUAAAUAUAGGUAGGUUGUCUGUCCAGUGCCUGGUAGGGUAUUUGAAAUACGGAGUCAUUAUUUGUAUGUAUUUAAACUAGGGUUUAUAAUUUUGUUUGUAAGUUUUAUUUUAUAUUAAAUUAAUAAUAAUUAGGUUUUAAAUGUUAAAAUACUAACUGACAAUGCCCUUUCUUGCUAUUAUUAUAUUACAAGGUUUAUCGAUGGCUGUUGGUCUCAUCAUGUUUAGCAACUUCCAUUGUUUCAGGCAGGCACUUCUAGCUAUGUAGAAUCAUGAGCCUUUCAUAAUCUCUCCUGCAGUUCUUAAACCUGUUUUGGGGUCAUGGUGCUAAUUUACAGCAUGCUUAUCUCAAUCACUCUUAUAGUCUUGUUUUCUUAGUCAUUGUCUUGCAUCUAAAUGUCUCUAUAUUGUACUUCCGUCUUGUUGUGUUUGUGAUUGUCAGGUGUAUGACCACCUGACCACACCUGUACUUCUGGUGAAUAUGCGUUUGCUAGUCUAACCAAGUGUCUUUGUUAUCAGUUCUACCAUAAAUUGAUGAGACUAUAAAUAUAGUCUUGUCAAUUUUUGGUUGUACUAAUGAAAUGCUUCAGUAUCUAUUGAUUAAAACCAAUAAUGCAGCCAUCGUGGCCUGUAGCUAGUAGUAUCAAAGGAAGGAAGGAGGGUGAGAAAUGACUUUUAAAAUUAAACAUUUUGUAAUAUAAAGGGUCGAAUGAUGCUAUUGUACUGGCUUUGCUAAAUAAAUUUUAUGCAAAUA